AGCCUGCUUUAACUCAGUCUUCUUUCUAAAGAAAGAAACAUUUUUGCCACAGCACAACAGCUUUUCACCAUCUACAGCUGAAAAAUUUAAGACACAAAAUUUAAAAGCCUUAGAACAUGGCUCCGGGAGUUCCCGUUUGUAAUUAUGGUGAAGCUCCUCCAUCCAUCUCCUUCUCUGGAUCUGGCUUCAUGGCCACCUACCAGUUAGGGGUUGCCCAGUGCUUCCUAACUUAUACGCCCUGGAUACUGCGCACAGCACCUUGUGUUCUCGGUGCAUCUGCUGGAUCUCUGGUAGCUGCUGCUGUGGUCUGUGAAAUGAGCCUGAUUACAAUUAAGGAUGAGAUGCUGCAUUUUGCCAAACAGAUGAAGACUUUUACACUCGGGCCAUUUAACCCUUCAAUCAAUGUGUUCCACUGGUUAGAACAUAUUCUAUGCAAAUAUCUUCCUCCUGAUGCACACCAACUGGCCAAUGGUCGUCUUGCUGUGGCUAUGACCCGCCUGAUUGAUGGAAAGCACAUUGUGAUGUCUGAGUUUCAGUCCAAAGACGAUGUAGUGCAGGCUCUGCUAUGUAGCUGCUUUGUACCUGGGUACUGUGGAAUGCUGCCUCCAACCUUCAAAGGAGAACAUUAUGUAGAUGGGGGUUUCAGUGGGAUGCAGCCUGUCAUGCCUGUACCCUGCAGUCAGACCUUGACAGUGUCUCCGUUCUCUGGAGAGACUGACAUCUGCCCCGCAGACACACCUUGCUUGUGGGACAUGGUAGUGAGCGGAGCCACACUGAAGGGCAACAUGGCAAACAGCUUCAGGAUCAUCAAUGCUCUUUACCCCAUGUCUUUAGAGACGUUGGAACAAGCCUACCACAGUGGCUACAAAGACGCCAUUCAUUUCCUCCUGCGCAAUGAGCUUGCACCAUAUUUGAUGAUACACGAAGUAUCCCACUUAAUCAACCAUAACUGUAACCAAUAUAAAAUGUGGAAGCACCUGGAGACAACCACCACAGAAGAGGAAGAGAAGAUGAAGGUGGAAAAGGAGAUGGCAACAAUGACAUCUUUUAUAAGCAAUGGACACAUGCAGAGGGGCAACUCUACUGAGCAUGAAUGGACUGGAAAACAACCAACUCAAAAACCUCUCAGUUUUGACAUGGUAAAGAAUGUUCUGCUGGGCAAUGUGGUGACUUAUGUGAACAUGUUUGGACUCCCUGUGAAAAUCUUAUCGUACAUAUUCUUUCCUCUCAUGCUGUCGUUUUACAUCUUACUUGAGAGCAGGCAGAGAUUGGAGCUGCUGUUCAGGCAGACACCAGAGUUGCUUUUCUGGACUUGGCAUGGCCUGAGACAUUUUAGCAUCUUCUUUUUCAACAUAUUUGUCUGUAGCCUCAAAAAGAACAUUAAGGACAGGGUUAUGCCCAUCAUCUUGUUUUUUUGGUGGUUGAAAGUUCUGGCCCAAUUUGAGGUUCUACAAGGGCAGAUGCACCAAACAACUUGAGAUUAGUCUUCCUUCUCUUCCCAUUCAGAUAAUAUCAAGAAGGGGAGUCUGAACAGACGGUUCGUCACUCCAUCAAGGGAGUAGAAGAAAUCUAAAUAACAUUACUUAGAGAGAAAGCCACUAACUUUUUUUUUUUUGCUCAGCAAGUACAAAUGUAAACACUGUAUUCUUUGUAUAUCUGGUCACAUGUGUUUUGUGAAGUUAAGCUCUUCUUAGUCCAUAUUACCACUGAACAGAGCAUGAAAUUUGACUUUUGCUGUUAUUUAAAGGGGGAUUUAUUUUAUCUAAGCUUGUAAAAAUGUUUCAGUUUGUUUCAUAUGUUUUAAUUUGUAUCAGUUAUCAGUUAAGUGCAGGACAUCCACUAAGUAUAUGAAGUAACCGAGCAGACUUCAAAUUAACAAGUGAUACCAGGCUUAACAUGUGACAGAAAUAAGGUAAACCAGUGUGUAGUCUGAGGGAGUCAAAUGGGGAAAAGUCAUGGGCUUACAAAAAUCAGUUUCUUCCUGCUGAAAGUAUGAAU